CUUUUUAUCGUAUUUUAAAAUUAAGAAGAUUUUGUUGCUGUCGCAUAAUGACAAUAUACUAUUCACUAUUUGUGCAAGAAACCGCUCGGUGUCAGAUUGGGAGUAAACAUAAAUAGUCUAUACAAAACUAAAUUUUCAGUUUCAAAUUGUGUCUUGAAGUAAUUGUUUAUGUUACUUACGAGUUUUAGAUUAGGCCGUUAAUAUGCUUCCUCAACGUGAGCGCGCCUGUGAAGAGCUGCUGCAGAAUCCACUCCUUCGAACCCCACCUCCUGAACCAGAAAGACCUAGGCCACCACGUAUACGGAAGCCUAGAGAAUUUAAGCUCCCCCCGAGAUUCCCGCUAUUAUCAAAAGACUUUUAUGCAUCAUGGUGUAAUCAUCAAAAAGAGCUGCAACUCGCAAAGCACAAAGUGGAUGACCAUCCUCCUGGGCUGUUCCCAGAGUUGUAUCUAAAACCAAGGCGUUUAAACUACUAUGCACGCCAGCUUGAAGAGAAUAUGAACGUAAAUAAGGAACUCUUGAAGAGGAUCAAUCUUAUUCAACGGACUGGAGGUUUUGUAGACUGCUGGAUGUACCCCGAGCUCACGGAUACAUAUAACAAAUUGCUGUGCAAACAACGCCAAAGGGUGUUGGAUGAAAUACGAAGACAGAACAUAUAUUUCUACUCACGUCUCUUGAUCGCACGGUCGGAACAACCUUUGACGAAGGAGCUUGAAGUUCUAUGGAAGGACACGAAGCAUAAAUUAAUUUUAGGUGCAUCAUUGCCAUUUAUUUUAUUUAAAACCGAAAAAAUCGAUCGUGAUAUAAGGGAUCCUGCUUUUGAUAAGCCACCGAACAUUAAUAGGCCUAAAGUUUCUAUGGAGAUAUGGGUUAUUGGUGGUUCCAAAAUUGGUCGAGUUACUAUGGAGCUAUUUACGGACUUAGUGCCGAAGACAUGCCAGCUGUUCCUGGGUCUUGUAAAGGGGGACAGUCGAGGUCACGCAUAUAUGGGCACGAGAAUUUUUAGAGUUGUACCAGAUCUAUAUUGCCGAGCCGGUGACGUCACCAAGGACAAUGGGUUUGGUUGUUAUUUAGCUGAAGGACAGACAGAGCCACCAACACCUGAAGGCUUUCGCUUGAAGCAUUCUGUUCCUGGUGUUUUAUCAAUGGUGGUAUCAUCAGAUAAUGAAGUGUGUGGCCAGUUUAAUAUAAUAUUUAAGCCUCUGCCUCAAUUUGAUGGAAAGCAUGUCGUGUUUGGAAGAAUUAUCGGUGGCCCAGCGCAAGCUUUAGAAAGGAUCAGUGCACUUGGUCUUCCAUUGGGAUCCACUACAUCCGACUGCAUUAUCAGAUAUUGUGGUUGGUUUACACGAACUGGUCAAUAUAGAGAGGGCAACGCUAAUACUAUUAAAUUCCCACCACGUCGAAAAACAUAACGUUUAUAUGUAUUUUUUUGGGUAAAAUAAAUUUGUUUUCAAUCAA